AUGGUCUCCAAAAGCUAUUUUACAAAUUACACUCCGACUUCCUCUGCUGAAGCGAUUGCUGGACCUGUGCGUGAACCUGCUCCGCUCAAUGAUCGGCUGAUCGUUGGACUUGACUUUGGAACCACUUAUUCUGGCGUUGCUGCUGUCUAUACUUCAACACCAGACGAUGUCGAGAUCAUCAAGACGUGGCCUGGAGGAAAUGGAAUCACUUCAGACAAGUUCAAGCCGGAAGAAUCCAAGCUUCGGUGCAUCAAACUCUUCCUUGACCGGUCACAGAAGCUCCCUUUUUACGUCAGCCUAUUAGAAACUGCGGCGCAGUUGAAGAAUUUCAACAGAAAUUUUGUUGACGCUGUAAGCGACUACCUCACGCAGGUCCAUGAUCACACGAUGGAGACCCUGACGAGGCGAUACUGCAAAGACCACUACUUUUUGGCAGCUGAGAAGGCUGGAAUAGAUUCGAAAUCAGACAUUCAGAUGAUUAGUGAGCCGGAAGCAGCUGCUGUCUACACUCUCAAGGCUAUACAGCCGAACCACCUCAGUGCUGGAGACAAUUUCAUUGUCUGUGAUGCUGAUGGGGGGACGGUGGAUUUGAUUCCCUACAAGAUUUUAUCCCUAAAGCCAUUGCGAGUAGAGGAAUCCGUGGUGGGAACAAGAGGGCUCUGUGGAAGUGCCUUCCUCAACUACCGCUUCCAGGAGCACGUUCGAAGACGAAUCCGACACGCUAGAUUCGACGAGAUGAAGCUGAAGAAAGAAGUCAUGCAGCCUGUGAAUGCAUGGACUGCUGUGGUUCGCGGGGUCGUGUUGAGAGGCCUUGAAGGUAGCAUGAUCGUUUCUCGGAAAGAGAGAGUCCAUUAUGGUACUUCGUAUGCUACUUUCUAUGAUGAGGCUAAACACCAGACCAUCGAGAGGUAUUGGAGUCCGCUGUGGGAGCGCUGGAUCUCUACAGAGGGAGAAACACCGAGUACAGCGACGCCCAUUAGCUUCCACUACACACGAAACUUCCGACCUGGCCAAUCUCUCGUAGUAUCAGAUGACUUGAUCGCAUCUAAUGCUAACGGCGAUCCACCAGCCGCAAAACCAAGGGAUCUCUUCAACGUCUGCAGACUCACGACAGACAUGGGUGUCGUACCGAAGAGUCUUUUCGUGAGGCUAACGAUAACGAGAGGGGCGGAGUUUCAUAACUUGGAAUUCACGCUAGAGAUGGUCGUCGAGAGCGCAGGCCUGGCAUUUGAGUUGAAAGUCGACGGAUUCAGGUACGGGGGGGUCGAGGCCGAGUUUCAUUGA